GCCAAUGAACUCUAAAAACGCGAAUGGGCGGUAAGAUUCGCUCAUUGACAAAGUUGAAUGAAUAAUUGCGCGAACAAGUCACGAAUUACAAACCAACUAAGCAAGCGAGCAUGAAUGAAGCGGAUAGUAAACAGAUGAGAAAAUCUGAAAGAUCGGUUACGGCUACAGAUCAACAAGUGGUUAUUGAUAUCAACGUCGAUAACGAACGGGAGGACAAUGGCGAUGAAGAAGAGGUUGACGAGGUCGGAGGGGAUGAGGAAGAUGCAGACGAGGAUGACUGGUGGGAAAGCGACGCCGCCUCGAGCACUGGGUCGUAUUAUUCCGACAAUGAUAGUUCAAUCGUCGAGUGGGAUUCAGCAAUCAAAUGGAAUGGAGAGGUAUUUUAUAUCGAAUCUCUGCCCAGCACUUUAACCGAUACACGCGAUUACCAUUCUCCGCUUCGUCGCGAGUCCAAAUCUCUGUCACCUGAGCUAACCAGGAGACGCAGUACCAGGGCUGGCAAGCUCAUGCGUCUCAUAAGACGAAGAGAAAGCAGAAGGUGUAGCGUCAGGAACAAAAAGACAAGGGAUGUGACUGGAGAGAAAGGUCAUACUUUGGGUGCGAACGAAGCUAAGUUCUUUCAAAGAGGCGGCACUAGCCAAGGAACUACUAAGGAAGUUACAUUCAGGGACAGUGAAGCAGGUGAGAUCAAGGAAGUUACAGUCAGAGUUGAUCCUGGCAAAAGACACAAGCUGGGAAGACGAGCUUCUCUGUGCGAAGCUUACCUUGGCAUUGCACCAGGCGCCUUUUCUGACAAUGUCAGAGUCAUGGUGGCAGGUUUUGUUCCCGGGGGAGAAGCCAUGAAAGAUAAAAACAUAAAGAUUGGUGAUUGGCUGAGAAGCCUGGAUGGCAGAGAAGUGAAUGUUGGAAACUUGGAAAGCUUAUUGUCUGAGAUUCUUGAGCCACAAAAUGUAAAAUUAGAACUGCAAAGAGUUGCUGGUAGUGAAAUUGGUAAAACUCCGUUGGAAAGUAAUUUUGAAAAGCCGCAAUCGCCAAUGGUUCGUCGUUUGGUAUUGGAGGAGGAAUCGCAUCCAUUGAUGGAAUUGCUUUUGAAACACUCUGUUGGUAUAACAUUUGUAAAGACGACUGGCCUUUCAGAAACCGGACCAGAGUUACAGGAUGUUCUCUACACCUUUCCACGGUCGUUAGAUAAUAGUACUCAGUCUAUUCUGUGCCGAGCAAGAGGAGCCUUCGCUACCCUUGAUCAUAUGCUUCCUGGAAUAUCUGGUCCUCGUCCAAUAAGCACAUCUACUUGGUUUGAGAACGAAUUGAUCCAUAUUUCCUAUGUAUCCAGGGGAGAAGAAUUGCUUUUACUCGCACUGCCAGAAAAAUUCUGCUGUCUUCAAGAAACAUUGGAAAUAACUGAAGAUGUUGUACGCGUUUUAGAAUUUAGUUAUCGAACUUUGGGUGAGUGUUUCACACCAAAAAAAAAUCAUUCCAGUUUAGACCAUUUCUUUGCACUGCUGUUUUGGAGACCAAGCAAAGAAUCGACGAAUCUCGCUUCCAUAAACGAAUCAAAAAACGAUUUAUCAUGCAGUUCAAAAGCUUCAAAUUUUCACGAUACUUUGCCAGCUGCACGUUUUAUCCAAUUGCCAAGAGAUGCUCAAAUCCAAAUAGAUGCAGCUUUGAAUGAAAUGGAGGCUAUGGACUACAGAGAUUGGAAUGAAGAUCCUAUGGAUUGUCAACGCCUUUAUACAAUUCUUGGAAGUUGUCUAUAUCACAAAGAUUUUCUUCUGGGAUCUCAUCUACCCCAUCAAGAUCUAAUUGAAAUUCAUUCCUUCCUACGUCAGAAAGGAUUACUGAAUUUAAUCAAAAACGAACCUGUCAAAUCUUUGAUAGUUUGGAAGGAAGUCUAUCCUUUGUCGUGUAAUCGCGGUCAUCUGCAGUCUGACGGUGAAAACGACAAACCCUUUGUACCCAAUGGAAGGUGGUUCUUACUUGUUGUUGGUUUUGGUAACCAGUUAUUGGCUGUUUUACUUGAGUCCGGAGGAUGUACAGCGGAACUUGAAAACAAUGCCAGCCCUGAUGUAUUUUAUGUAGAAGAGGCGCAGGAAACUUUAAAACAUAUACAAAAAAUCGGUAUACCAACAUUGGCCGAGAAAUGGAUCGCGGCCAAUACUAGAUCAGGAAUUGAGUUAACCCAAGAUGGGGCAGCCAACAAAUCUAUUCCUAGCAUCGCCGAAAAUUUAUUCGGUCUGGUAAAAUCAAACGAGUCUCGUUCCACACUGCCAAAAACAAACUCUGUAGUCAGUAAAAAAAAUCUGGAAGUAUCAUCCAUUUUAAAAAGACGAAGUCUAGAACAGAGUACCGUCUCCACAGGGUCUGUCUAUUCUUUGCAAACAUCUGAAGAUUCUACAAGUCAGGGGACUGGAGCAGUCAGUGAAGCAAGUGACGAUGUUGCUCCAAUCCUAGGCCGACGGGCAACAAGGGAGAGAAUAAAUAACACGAAUUCUCGACAAUCAGAUUGCAGUGACUCCGACAUGGAUUAUGAUCGGAAUGAGAGCCAGCCAAGUACAAUGGAUAUAACAGACAUUCGUCAAAAUUUGUUGAGUCAGGCGGAAUAUAUAGUGCCAAAAAAGGUGAGCGCUGGUACCGAAGACACUUUGCUUCACUAUGUACAUUUAGAUACACUUGAAGGUGUUUUAUUAUCUUCGAACGUCGGGAUCGACGGGAGUUUGAAGGAUUCAAAAGUUCUUGGACUCUUCAACAGCGCUGCCCGUGUCAUUCAUAAACUCCUUCAAAGAACUGUGAGAUUUGAGAAAAUGCUCAAUCAAGAUACGGACAAGUCUGUGAUUAACAAGAGUUUGAUUGCUAUCAAGGAACACGGUGUCCUGUUUGAGUGCGAAGGUGACACAUAUUGGGUAGUCGGACGUUCGUAUACAUCACCGCAGCCUCGAGAACUAUAUGUCUGUUAUCGGGACUCGGCACCCCAAAGUUUGAUCGAAAUGGCAUUCAGGUUGAAUACAAACUAAAACAAUGUAAAAAUUUAUAUUGUAUAGUUAUCAUACACCUUUUUUUUAUGCUUCACCGUUAAAUGCAAACUGUUGAAGGUGGUUACCCUAUUGAAGUUGAAGUACACUUUUUGCACGUAUAGUAGUUAGUUCUUAUUGCGACAGAAUGUGUAAUGUAUGUUAGUGAUCAUUUUUGAAAAGACAAAAAUAUAUUUUCAAAA